GGGGGGGGGGGGGGGGCGGGGAGUAAGCGAUGCCCGCCAAUUAUACCCUGGAUUUGCUGCCAAGAAAGGGCUACUCUCUCCUCUCGCGCGUUUUUUCUUGCCAUAGGAAUCACAAAACUCCGAAAACCGUCUUCCCCGGCUCGCUCCGAUUUUUUUUAGCUUGUCUCCCUUCCCUCCCAUACUUUUUUUAUUUGUGCCUCGUUUCCAUGUAGAAGAAAAAGGUUUUUGUGACCAAAACAAUAUGGCGGAGGAAUUACACUAUUAUUCCGUAAAAGCAGGGCUUCACAUAGGUGUUGUAGACGUACUCUGUGGGCUUAUCAGCAUCGGUAUAGGAGCAUUUAAUACCAGGAACGACGAACACACCGUUAUAACAAAAUUCCAGGCCGAAGGUUUGCCGAUAUGGACCGGUAUAUUGUUUGUUAUCACUGGAGGUGUUGGAAUAUUGACCUACAAAAAUCCUAGAAAAUGUAUUGUCGUCCUUUUCAUGCUCCUUUCAGUCUUGUCUACGGCAUCAGCCAUUUUAGUGUUCUGGGAGAUCCUCCCCUUGCUUCUCUCUGGAAAGAAGGACGUUCCAUGGAACCUAUCCUAUGGCUCGUUUCUAGGCCUCUGUGCCAUUGUAUUUGUUAUUAGUAUGAAGGGCAUAUAUAUUUCAUUCAAAGCAACAUUCAUGUACAGUAGUUGUAGAAAACGGCAGCCCCCAAGAGAGCCACAGCCAGCAGUACUAGACAUAGGGCCGGCAUUGGACCAGAGAUCCCAGAUAGAGGAAAGACACCUUUCAAGAUGCAAUCGUCCUUCCCCUUCACACAGGGGUGCUUCAUCAUCAUCUAGGAGUCAUCGUCAACACCGACCAUACAGCUCAUCUGACAGGUCCAGGCGGCAUUCAAGGGAACGUCAACACUGCAGAGAACUUAGCCCCUUACAGCCCACACCCCUCACACAGCCACGCCCACCUCCUCCACCAUAUCGGACUCUCAAAUUCCCACACUUGCCAGCAUACUCAGAAAUUGAAGCCACACCCCCACCUCCACCGUACACUGAAAAAUAGGUAGAGCACAUUUUAGAGAUUUUAAAUUAUUUAAUGAAUUUUAUUGUGCAGUGUACAUAUAUUUAUAUGUAUACUGUAGAUCGAAAGAUAUAUGUGCUAUGUCCUUUGUCAUAUAGAAGGAUGGGUAUAGUACAGAUUGUUUAAAUAACAAAUAAGGCUAGCCAAGGCUUUGACUCGUGGUUACUCAAAAUACAGUAUCAUAAAGUGUUUUGCUUGGGCUAUCAAUUUUAGGUAAGACCCAGUGUUUGCUGGAAUUUUUGAUAAAUACAUUAAAUGUGUGAGACAUAUCUCAUUGAAAAGUGGGCCAACAGUUCUCAGCACUCCUUCUUUACCACUCCACCACAACUGUUUUCACAAAAAUGGAUUUGUCUAGUGACCAGUCUCUGGAAAUCUCGUUUUUAGUUUGUUUCUUGUUAUUGUUCAAACUGGGGUAGGGCUGCAGGGAUCAUAGCUAGGAAUUGCAGGGGAAAGCUGCCCCCUCUAGAUUGUAAAUUUCACAAAGGAAAUGGACGAAAGGAUGUGUCUGCCCCAACAGUGAUUAUAAAAAAAGGUCAUAUAUAGUGGGACAUUACUGUACUUUUAAAUUAUUUGUGAAUAUAUUUUGUGCAAUAUGAGAAUAACUCAUGCUUUUGUAAAUUUGACACCAUAUACAUAACAAAUAAAGUUAAACUUCAGUCUCAA